AUGGCAGCAAACAGCGCCGGGCAGGACAGUCUUGCUUCUCUAAACACGGCACAGCGACGCGCCGUCACCUCCGAAUCUGACACUGUUGCUAUAUUAGCUGGACCGGGCAGUGGAAAAACACAUACGCUCACCUCCCGCGUCGUAUGGCUCCUUCAAGAGGGGGGCCACAGGCCCUCCGACAUGAUUGUCGCGACCUUCACCGUCAAGGCGGCGAGGGAGAUGCGGGAGCGCAUUGGCAGAGCCUUGGGCGAAGAGGUGCAGAGAAAAAUCGUCCUCGGUACAUUUCACUCGAUUUGUCGGCGUUAUCUCACUUCAUACGGCAAACACGUUGAUCUUGAUCCCAAAUUCGGCGUUGCCGACGACAGCGACUCCAAAGCAAUCCUCACAAGACUCAUCAAGCGACUAGACCUGAAACUAGAACCAGCCAUGGUAAAGGGAUGGAUUAGCAAAAAGAAAUCCAGGGGAAGUAUGGACCCUCCGCCAGAGAAAAAGUACGCCAAUGGAAAGCCAAAGCCAGACAUGCCAGGCUUGAAACGAUGCUUUGAAGAGUAUCAGAAGCAGCUCGCCGCCGCCAAUUUGUUAGACUACGAUGACUUGCUGGUCCGCUGUGUCGAACUUCUGCGCGCAUACCCAAUAUGCGUCAAAAAUAUACAGGUUGUUCUGGUUGACGAAUAUCAAGACACAAACGGCAUCCAAUACGACCUCAUGAAGCUCUUUGCUCAGCAGCGCCAUCGCAUAACCGUCGUCGGCGACCCUGAUCAGAGCAUUUAUGGCUGGCGCUCGGCCGAGAUUAGAAAUCUCCACCGACUGUUGCGCGAGUUUCCUGGGACUGACGAAAUAUCGCUCGAAGAAAAUUACCGUUCCUCACAAUCCAUUCUCAGCGCUUCGCUGCAGGUUAUCCAGCAAGAUACGAAGCGUUACGAAAAGGUGCUGUUGCCUAUCCACAGCAAAGGCACGAAGCCAGUGCUACGGAAAUUACGAUCGGCUGCCAACGAGGGCGAGUGGAUAGUUGGAGAGAUUCAGCGUGUAACUCUCAUGUCUGGUGGUAUGCUCAAAGGCGAAGAUUGUGCCAUUCUUCUGCGCUCGGCUGCCUUGUCUCGCCAUGUGGAGGCUGCGCUUGGUAAAAAGGGCAUGCCGUAUCGAAUGGUCGGUGGCCACAAGUUCUAUGAGCGGAAAGAAAUCAAAAUUCUACUCGACUACCUUCGCGUCGUGCAUCAGCCCAAUAACAACGACGCUCUUGCGCGAAUCAUUAAUGUUCCCAAGCGCGGCGUUGGUGAAGUCACCAUCAAGGCCAUUCUGGAGGAGGCCGAAAUCGGGAAGAAGCCAUUGUGGCAAGUCCUGGUAGACCACUGCGACGGAACCCAGAGUAUCUACAGGUUGACGAAGCCUCAGGAAAAUAAGAUCCGGGGCGACCUCAUCAGAAUCAUCACAUCACUCAGGAAGCAAGUCGAUGAAGUUGGAGCGGGAGAGCCUCAGCCUCUGGUCGAGGUAAUUCAGAGGCUAAUCACGCAGCUCAACUAUCAGGAAUUCUUGGCAAAGGAAUUUGGAGAGGACCACGAAGGUCGGUGGGCUAGUGUGCAGGAAUUCGUCAACUUGGCCACCGACUUUAUGAUGGAGCAUGGCGACUUUGACGAGGAUGCUCUACCGGAAAUUGACGAAGUCGAACAACAGAGAGACGACACCCUACUUGGGCGUUUCUUGGCAAACAUCGCUCUUGCUUCAGACGCGCAAAAGGACAAGGAAACAGGCGACACCUCUUCUGUUGUGACGAUUUCCACCAUUCACGCAGCCAAGGGUCUUGAGUGGCCCAUUGUCUUCAUUCCUUGUGUUUAUGACGGCUCGAUUCCGCACUCUCGAUCCGAAGAUUCGGACGAAGAGCGCAGACUGCUCUACGUUGCCAUGACUCGCGCCAAGGCUCUGCUCUACCUGAGCUGUCCCAGCACUACUUCUUGGGGUCAUAGUGAUGCCGAAUUGUCCUCUUUCAUCGCCGGUUUUGCGGACGCGGUCUUUGCAGAGCAAGGUCCUUCCUUUGAUAGAAACGUUGUGGAAGACAUUGCCAAGAUACUUCGGCGCCCGGCCCCUUCCGAAAAAGUCGUCUUUGACAAGCUGCCGCCCAUGUUUUCAACCGAGGACGAUUUGUUCCCCACCGACCCUUUUGGCACACGGCGUUUUACUGGUGGUGGCUUCAGCAGCAGUUCCAACAGUUGGGGGGGCAGCCGUUUCGGUAGCAGCACCGAUGGCAGUAGGCGCCAGCGCAUUAGUGGUGGAUCUGACAGUUCUUCGGACAUUGGUUGGAAGCCGGGCUACAAGACGACAAUGCAAGAGUCGUCCGGCUUCACCAUGUCGAAUCUGCCAGGCUUCAUGACUGCUGGCGCCCGCCAGACCAUGGUGGCGGCUGAAGAGGCAGGGAGGCAAGCGGCUGAGAAGUUUGCAAAGAAGACUGCUCUGAAGCGUAAACACGAUCAGCAUUCGUUACUUGGCUACGUGACAUCAGACUCAAAGAAGCCAACCGCAGUGCAGCCACCGCCGCCGCCGCCGCGGUCCUCGGCCACCUCUUCUCAAUCAGGCUCCGCCGCCAAGACAGCACGCUCGGCCAUUGACCCGAGUCUCGCGCGUCAUAGAAUAACGCAGAGCCCGUUGUGGCGAGUGCCGGGUCAGACUCGAGAGUUGCGCAACAGUCGUCGUGAUCCCUAUGGAUCAUUUUCAAGCUCGCCUACACGCCCUGUUUCCCCGAAGCAGCCAGCUGCUUCACAAAAGCCGGCUCCCAGCAGGCCAGUGUCCAUGAUGCAUAAUACGACAACGUUUCACUCAGGAAAGAUUGGUGGUGUACGACGGCCGGCGGCCAUGGGAGCACCCCCGUCGAUCGAUAGAGUGCGGAAACCAUUUAAGCCGUUGACGGUAAAUCGGACAUCAAAGGGUGAUCAAUAG